AUGGAUGAAACAGGCGUACAACUCCUAAAUAAACCUAGUAAAGUUGUAACGAAGAAAGGUAGCAAAGAUGUACAUGUAUUAACGUCGAAAGAACGCGGAGAGAAUGUCACAGUGAUUGCUUGCUGCAGUGCAGAUGGCACGUUUAUUCCUCCAGUUCUUAUUUUUAAAGGGGUUAACAGAAAACCGGUGCUUUCAGAUGGCUUGCCCCCUGGAUCUAAGGUGUACAUGAACAGAAAGUCUUCCUUCAUUAAUUCGGAGCUCUUCGUUCAGUGGUUGGUGGAGCAAUUCAUACCACAUAAACCAGCCGGUCCAUCAAAACAAACUGGUAAUGAUCAAGUUGUAGAUGACAUAGUAGAAGGCGAUGGACCUGAAUUUACGCCAACAAAGCUUCUCCAUGAGGUGUCUCCUGUUCUUGUGCUUCCAAUUCCAUUAUUUAGCAGAAAAAAAAAACAAGUUGCGCCUGUUUUGAAUUCGCCGCAAAAUAUUGAAAAACUGAAACAAAAGAAUAAAACAUCCAACGCAAGAGCAACAAAAAAAGCGGAAGGAAGGAAAAAAGAUGACAGUGCUGGAGCUGGUCCCAGCAAGAAAAUUAAUAGGCAUGUGAAAAAAGACGCUUCCAAAGCAAAAACCUGCAAUAACACCUGGAGUUCAGAUGAUGAUGAGCCCCUCGUGAAAAUGAUCAAGAAAGCCACUUCCAACGCAAAAGUCAGCAAUAACACUUGA